UCGCGCGGCACGAUGUCUCGAGUCAUGUGAUACCAAGAUGGCGGCGCCGCGGUAGCUGGCUCUGGGAGGUGGCGUCCGGGGAGCCGCGACGGUUUCUGCUCUCGGGCCGUGGAGGCUGCUACGCUUGGGUGGUCCGUGCGGCGGCCUGUACCCCCGCAUUGGGCACCUGUUCAAGGCUGAGGCUGUUGCCGUGGCGGUGGGUUCUGGGAAGCGCCGGUGACCUCUCUGCGGGUGCCCUGCGCCGGCCGUGGUCGCCUGAGGAGUAGAAGGGCAGCCGUCCUCCCGGGUCUUCCCGACUCGCGGAGUUCCUCAGGCCUCCGAGAGCUCUGGAGGAGCGACAGCUCUGAGGGGCUGCGGGAGUUCGAGCCCGCGGGUGUGUGACCGGCAGCCUCGUACCCCUGAGGGCGCAAAGAAACCCGCAAGAACUUUGCUUCCUCCUCCAGAGGCCUGGCUCUCUCGCGUUGGCUACUCCCGCAUUCUUUCCCACUUUCUCUCAAUGUUCUCACCAUAUACCUGGAAAUAUGAUCAGCGCCCCUGACGUGGUGGCCUUCACCAAAGAGGACGAGUACGAGGAGGAGCCUUACAAUGAGCCGGCCCUGCCCGAGGAGUACUCGGUGCCGCUCUUCCCCUUCGCCAGCCAAGGAGCCAGUCCAUGGUCCAAACUGUCCGGGGCCAAGUUCUCUCGGGACUUCAUCCUUAUUUCCGAGUUCUCUGAGCAGGUGGGACCCCAGCCCUUACUGACCAUCCCCAAUGACACCAAAGUUUUCGGUACUUUUGAUCUCAAUUACUUCUCUUUGCGGAUCAUGUCUGUGGAUUACCAGGCCUCCUUCGUGGGCCAUCCCCCUGGUUCUGCCUACCCCAAGCUGAACUUCGUGGAGGAUUCCAAGGUCGUGCUGGGAGACUCCAAGGAGGGGGCCUUUGCCUACGUGCACCACCUCACCCUGUACGACCUGGAGGCCCGUGGCUUCGUGAGGCCCUUUUGUAUGGCUUAUAUCUCAGCAGACCAGCACAAAAUCAUGCAGCAGUUCCAGGAGCUCUCAGCUGAAUUUUCCAAAGCUUCAGAGUGCUUGAAAACAGGCAACAGGAAGGCAUUUGCUGGGGAACUUGAAAAAAAACUGAAAGACUUGGAUUACACCAGAACAGUGCUGCACACCGAGACGGAGAUCCAGAAGAAAGCCAAUGACAAAGGCUUUUACUCAUCUCAGGCCAUCGAGAAGGCCAAUGAGCUGGCCAGUGUGGAGAAGUCCAUCAUCGAACAUCAAGACCUGCUGAGGCAGAUCCGCUCGUACCCUCAUCGGAAGUUGAGGGGGUCCGAUUUGUGUCCUGGGGAGACGGAGCGCACCCAGGAUCCGCCCAGCCAGGCAGCCACUACCUCUGACCCCGAAGAGUCUGCUGACACAGACCAUUACACCUGCAGACCCGCCUACACCCCAAAACUCAUCAAAGCAAAGUCCACCAAGUGUUUUGACAAGAAGCUGAAGACCUUGGAAGAGCUCUGCGACACCGAGUACUUCACCCAGACCCUGGCCCAGCUCAGCCACAUUGAGCACGUUUUCAGAGGAGACCUGUGCUACCUCCUGACCAGCCAGAUCGACAGAGCACUCCUGAAGCAACAGCAUAUCAUAAACUUCCUCUUUGAAGACUUGGUAGAGGUCGAUGACAGGAGGGUAGAGAAACAGGAGAGCGCACCCCCUAGGCCCAGUCACGACAGGCCGACUUCCAGGUCUGUAGAGGAAUGUCCAGUUCCUCAAGUGUUAAUUAGCGUGGGCUCCUACAAGUCCAGUGUGGAGUCCGUGCUAAUCAAGAUGGAGCAGGACCUUGGGGAGGAGGGGUCCAGGGAAGUGGAGGUGACAGAGCCAAGCAGUUUUGACCCGCAGGAGAACCUGGCCUACCUGGACACGGACAUGAAAGGGAGCAUUAGCAGUGGCGAGAGCAUCGAGGUCCUCGGCACGGAGAAGUCCACCUCUGUGCUGUCGACGUCUGACAGCCAGGCCAGCCUCCCGGUGCCCUCGAGCCCCCAGGUGGUCCGGAGCAAGGCUGUCAGCCACAGGACCAUCAGCGGGGACAGUAUUGAAGUCCUCAGCACCUGCCCCUCCGAGGCCUUCGUCCCUGACGACUUCAAGGCCAGUUACCCAGGUGCCGUUAAUGAAGAAGAGUCCCACGCAGACGACGGCGGGGCAGCCAUCCACUUCCAGGCAGGCCUCAGCCCGCCGGAGCUGGGGGAGGCCGAGGAGGGCGGCUCGGGAGUCACCCCGUCACAGACAGACUCCUGCUGCGUCGGGAGGGAGGGUGGCACUCUGCGGGUGCCGCUCUCCACCCCGGGCCACACGCUCUCCGACGAGGACGGGGUCGUGAGUGUCCCCCCGCAGCGCUACCAGCAGAAGGACCAGGAGUUCCACGUGGACGUCUCACUGGAAAACGCCAAUGCCUCUUCCCGAGACAGUGGUUCCGAAGGCUUCCCUGCUUAUGAGCUGGACCCGAGCCACCUGCUGGCCAGCCGGGACGGCAGUAAGACCAGCCUGGAUGACCACUCCGACGCCACCAGCUACGGGAGCAGCGUCACCUCCGCCAGCUCCGACAGGACUCCCUCCUCUGUUCCUCCCACUGGCCCCUCUUCCGAGAGGCAUAAGAAGAGGGCGGGCCAGAACGCCUUAAAAUUCAUCCGCCAGUACCCCUUUGCCCACCCAGCCAUCUACUCCCUGCUCAGCGGGAGGACGCUCGUGAUCCUAGGGGAGGAGGAGGCCGUAGUCAGGAAGCUGGUGAGCGCGCUGUCCAUCUUCGUCCCCAACUACAGCCUCCAUGCCAAACCCGUGAAGCACUGGGUCUCCUCUCCUCUGCAUAUCACGGAUUUUCAGAAGUGGAAGCUUAUUGGCCUGCAGAGGGUGGCAUCCCCCGCCAGUGCUGGCACCCUCCACGCCCUGAGCCGCUACAGCCGCUACACGAGCAUCCUGGACCUGGACCGGAAGACCCUGCGCUGCCCCCUCUACAGAGGCACCCUGGUGCCCCGGCUGGCGGACCACCGCACGCACAUCAAGCGGGGCAGCACCUACUCCCUGCACGUGCAGAGUGUGCUCACGCAGCUCUGCGCCAAGGCCUUCCUCUACGCCUUCUGCCGCCACCUGCACCUGCCCGCCCGCGGCACGGAAGCCGAGGGGCUGGCCGCCAGCCGCCAGGCCAGCUUCUUGCAGCUGAACCUGGGGCUGGUGAACGAAGACGUCAAGGUGGUCCAGUACCUGGCAGAGCUGCUGAAGCUACACUACACGCGGGAGCCUUCCGCGGCCGGCCAGCCCGUGCUCAGGUUCGACUACGUCCCCAGUUUCCUAUACAAGAUCUGAGGUCAGGCCCGGCCACUGUGACCAAGACCUGUGACUGAGGGUACGGGGAGGGCGUUGGCAUGACCGGGGGGUCUUCUGUUUAGACUUCUGGUGUCGUUGGCGGGAAGGAAACCGAGGUGGCAGAUGUGGUUCCCAGGUGGCUCUGGGCAAGGGGGGUGGGGGCACUGGCCCCCGGGCGGCAUCUGGAAGGACGGUAACAGCUCGUGGCCCCGUGGAGAGUGGCCUGGGGUCGGGACUGGGGGCCAGGGCAGAAGAAAGCUUCGGCAGCGUGAUGAGGGGCAGGGAGGCGGAGCCUGCAGGGAGGACCACGCCGGCCCUCUCGCACAGCAAGAUCAAGGGGAGCAGCCGGUAACCGGACGAUUUGGUCGAAAGCAGGACGACGGAACGUCCAUUGCCUCGUGCAGACCCCAGCUGGGCCUUUUGCGUGGCCUCGCGGAGCCGCCCUCCCAGGGGAGGCCCCUGGAUGCACCCUGCCCUGUCCUCACCUCCUCGCCAGGCACGGAGGGGCCUGCCGCUGGGCUCCCAGGCGCAGCGGAGGGACCAGGCACUGGCCCCUGGUCAUCAGAACCGCUGUCGUGGGGGGCUGGGCACAGGCUUCCCGCUGUGCGGGCGAGGAGCCACCAGCUCUCCUGGGGGCGCCGACACUGUCCUCUCGGGGAGGGUCUGCAGACGGGCUGGCGCUCGCCCGGCAGAGGUCACCGCAGACCUUCGCAAGCACUUCACUACCUCACGGGGUGUCGCAGGCGCGGGGCAGCCGGCGGGCUGGGAUCUCCUCCGGGAAGGCCGUGGCGGCCUGGAGCGCGCGCAUUCACAGCAGCUCAUUCUGCCCCAGCUGAGUCCCAACCCCACCUCCUGUUCACCCACCAGGACCCUCCUGACACAGUUACCACUGGUGUGUGUAGCUGGAUGGUUCUUUGCAACCUUGAAAACGUCAUACUUUUCUUCCUGAAGCUGUUUGUCCCUAAGCAGGGAGAACUCUUGGUAUUACUGCUUUUUAAUUUUUUCCCCCAUGUUGUGGUAAAACACACCUGAACCAGCCACAGCGGUUGCUCCUGAGCACGCGUGCGUGUCUGCCGGGGCCGUGUUCUGUGUCGUCCGAGUCCUGCUGUUGAGACCUGGUCCGCCACCAGCUUUGAGGCACACCACAGCGGUCAGGACCCCCUGGUGACCGAGGAGGCUUCGUAUCAUCUCUCCCCCGUGGCCCUCCCUGCCCAGGCUUCUGGUCAGGGUCCCCAUUUCCGCCAGAGUGUCAUUCUGCUCCGGAGGCCGUGACCGAGGCCCACUGUGACAGGGCUGCUACCGCGUCUCCUCGGGUCCUUGUACCUGUGCCGUCACCUGUGUCCCCCAGAGAGGCGUCUCCAGGGACCACACGGCAGCUUCCGAACGUGCAGUGUGGGUGCUGGUGGGAAGGCUGCCCUCCUGUUACCACCGCUCCCCUUGUGUUCAGAUGCUGCUUUGUUUUCUAGGGAGGUGGCUAAUUGCGUGUACUUGGGCCUCCUGGGACACGAGCUUGUGUGACACCUUAUCUCCGAGGGAAGAGCGGUCCGUGGGGCCCAAAUGACCAGAUGGGAAGCGAUCACGGGCCCACCCGUGUCUCGUUCCCGGGCCACCAACAUGGCCUCUGCGGUUCACACCUCGCACCUGGGAAGCCAGAAAGGGCAGCAGGUCGGUCACACUGGCCUCCUAGAAGCGGAAGUCCACUCUGGAGGGUGUUUGUGCAGAAGCGCCGCCUCGGGCGAGCCCUGCCGGUGCAAGCAGAAGGCCUGGCCGUGGGGCGGCCGCAGAGAGGGCACCCGGAGCCCCUCUCUUGAGCUGUUUCUUCAUUGAGGAGUAGAGCUGUCUUGGCUGACCAGUGGCUGAACUCCAGCAUUUAAAUUUUGCUUAAAAUCCAACUUUGCAGUGUGCAGGUUCACAGAAUUGCUUGAUGCCAAGUAUGUUUCUCUUCAAAGGGAGCUCAAAGGGGAACCAGGCCUUCCCGGCCCUGCCACGCUGGCGACUGGAACCUGCCAGGAGUCUCAGACGCACCUGAGUCUGAGUGGUGGGGGCCUGUGCAACAAACUCAUCUCGUCAGGAAUCUUAACAAGAGGUUUUCCCUGGUACUAGGUCAGCAAGCGUCCAAAUGCUGAGAAACGCUUCCAAAAUCAGAGAGUGUCAGUGCCCUUAGUACUUCUUCAAUCCUAAGUAUCGCCUCGAAGGCCCAGGCACCAGAACCUUGAGGUUUGUUUCAGCUUCACUUCCAGUCCAUUACCUGCCCCCCACCCUGCCUUUUUAAAGCAGUCCAAGUUAAGAAGAACCUGCCUAGGCUGGCAUUUAUGCAGUAGUGAUUUCCAGAAGCUCCACGGUAGACAUCAGCUGAACCCUUUUAUAGCACCUGUGGCCCUGGGGACCCUACUCCUUUAGUAGAAUCUGGAAAUGGGCUGUGAUAGCCCAGCUUCCAUUUCCCAUGUAGCUCUGAACUUCUUGCUUCAGAUCAGUUACUGUGUGCAAAGUAUCGUAGACUUCAUCCCCAAACAAGUAACAAAUCCCAUGUCAAAAUCCCAGGAUGGCCGAUAGAUUCUCCCCCGAGUGCCAGGGCUGCUGCAGCUCGUGACACAUCCCCGGAGGCCCAGCGGCCUGGAAGAUCUCGCACGCAGCUCGCCACCCACCCUCCCCACCAGCCUGAUGGCGCCUGGCCGGUCAGCUUCUCCACGUGGCCCACGUCGUCUUUGCACAGGCAGGAGCCCUCCUGGGCUGGUGCGGUCCAUCAGUCCGUGUGGACAGCCUUCGGAGGCACCAGCCCCCCAAGCCAGCAUCAGAUCUUACCUCCCAUCUCCCUAGAGGCUCAAGAAAGUGCCUUGGCUCGUGCUUUGAAGCAAACCAGCUAGCUUUCUGGCUUUUUCCCAAUAUUGUGAUAGAAACUGAUACAACUGGAACUUUUGAGAGAGAGAUGGUAUUAACAGAUUGCAAAAGGAAAAGUAUCACAUCUCUACUUCUGGCUGGAAGGAAAACCAGCCUCAGCUAAGGUUGGAGCACACCCAGCUCUUCUGAGCCCGUCCUGCUUUGAGGUUUGGUUUCAGCUGUGGGGAGGAGGGAGCACUUGGCCAUGAAUCAAGUGCUGGUCUGGGGCCCCAGCCUCCCGGGAGUGCUUGGGGUGUGGCGGCCUUUGUCUCCUGCGGGGGAAGAGUCGAGCUCCUGGGUGUGAGGCUGUUUCCACAGCUGCGGAGGUGGCAGCCGCCCUGCCCGCUGUGCUGGAGCCCCGGGGCGUCAACCACGGCCGUGUUAAGGCCACGGUGAGAAGCAUAGUGCGUGAGGAAGUCGUAUCUGUCGUUUUUUGAAAAGCUACAUUAUUACUGCAUGCUCCUCGUCGUGUGUGAGCGUGAGUCCCACCGGGUGAGCCGUGGUCACUGCGGCCAGGGCGAGAGCACGCUGCACACGCCACACGCGUGCCCGCAGCUCCCGGUGUGGCUGCACCCAGAGUUCAACCAGUUAUGCCAAACAAAUAGUAUGAGAAGUGUACUUUUUAAGAAAUUAAUUUAUUUGAGUUGAGAUAUUUUUGAGAUAUAAAAAUCGGUUGUAUUUUUUAAAGCUAUAAUUCUUGUAGACAUUCUGUGGUUAAAAAUUUGUGCUUAUUAAAAAUGGUCAUCUAUGUUUUGCACUUGA